UUUGAAAUUUUGUAAACACUGAACGUAAACUGUUAUCAAAGAAACCCAAAUCAAACAAAGUUGAAUGUUUUAUAAAAGUUUUUUUAAUGAGGAAACCUAUGAUUUAAAAUCAUACAUAUAGUAAUACAAAUAGUUAAAGUCUGUCAAAUUAUAAGUAAUAUAAAUACUUAAAAAGACAACAUGUCUGGACCCAUUCAAGAUGUUAUUGAAGAAGAUGCCGCUGACUUACAAUUUCCUAAAGAAUUCGAAAACGCUGAAACAUUGCUCAUAUCCGAAGUUGACAUGCUACUAGAACAUAGAAAAGCACAAAAUGAAUCUGCUGAGGAAGAACAGGAAUUUUCAGAAGUGUUUAUGAAAACGCUAACAUAUACAAAUAUGUUCAAGAAGUUUAAAAACAAAGAAACUAUAACUGCUGUAAGAAAUUUGUUGCAAUCAAAGAAACUUCACAAAUUUGAAGUUGCUAGUUUAGCAAAUCUCUGUCCUGAAACACCAGAAGAAGCUAAGGCACUUAUACCAUCAUUGGAAGGAAGGUUUGAAGAUGAAGAGUUAAGAAUAUUGCUAGAUGAUAUACAAACCAAGCGAAGUAUCCAAUAUUAAAAGAGUAAAAAUUA